AUGUCUUCAUCAUCAUCAGAUCGUGAAGCUUCAUCUUCAAAAGCAAAUGAAGAAAAAGUUAAUGUUGAAAAUUUAAAUAAACCAAAACAAGUUACUGUUGAUGAAUCAAAAAAACAAUCCGAUCAAGAUAUUCGUAAACUUGAACAUGCACCUGAAUUAUCUCGUACAGCUAUACAUGAAUAUGAACUUGAAAGUAAUCAAGUAGCAUUAUCAACAUCAGAUGAAAAUAUUCUUAUUUAUGAUACAACAAAAUUUAUUCUUUUUAAUAAUAAAUUUGAACAAAUCAAAGAACUUGAAUGGAAAGAAUAUGAUUCAUCUGGUAUAUUAACAAUUGAUGAUUUAACUUAUUUAUCUUGUGAAAAUUCUUAUCUUAUAUUAACACGUAGUUAUAUCUAUGAAUUAAAUAUUGAUUCAUUUACUAUGAAAUUAAUUAAAGGAUUUAGUAAAAAAGAUAAAUCUGAUGAAGAAAAAAUUGAAUUUGCAUCUAUAACUGCUCAUAAUGAACAUAUAUUCGUUGCAUAUACAGAUGCAUUAGCAGUUUCAAAAUGGUCAUGGAAACCAACAGUACAAUUAGUUAAUCGUUGGACAAAAACUAAAUUUGUUGAAGAAACAGAUAAAAAUAUUUUAGCAAUUCGUACAGAUGGCACACAUGUUGGUUUACUUAUUAAAGGUGAUACAACACGUUUAGAAGUUUUUGAUUAUAAUUUAGCAACACGUAUUGUACAUCAUCUUGAAUUAAGUCAAACAGCUAUUAUGUUAACAGCAUUAGGAAAUAAUCAAUGGCUUGUUAUUGAUAGUGAACAACAUGAAUUAUUACUUAUUAAUGAAGAUAAUCAAAUAAAGAAAACACAAAAUAAAGAUAGUUCACCAUUGAAUGCUAGUCGUUUAGCAAAUGAUCAUCUUGUUGUUAAAUGUCAAAAACCAAAUAAACUUCAAAUAUUUAAAUUAGAUUAA